AUGGGCAUGGAGGGUGGUGAAUUCGGUGUGGUUGAGGCCGAAGAGGCUGAGAGGCUCCUGAGACAGCAAGGCCUUUCCGGCAAACCCUACACCUUCCUCUUCGGUGACCUCAAGGAGAACUCGCGGUUGCUCAAGGAAGCCUACUCCAAGCCUAUCACCAUCUUCGACGACAUCAAGCCCCGUCUCUUGCCCUUCUUGCAUCAAUCCUCCCAAACCUAUGGGGUGUCAAAUGAAGACCGAAACAGGGGCGUCCCGAGCGGCGACUACCAGCACCAGUACGGCACCUUCCAAGGCGUCGCCAACUACCCGCCGCCGAACCCGCCGCACUAGCAGCCGGCGAUCGGCUACCCCCAGCCGGCGCCUCCGCCGGGCGCCACCGAUCCCUCGGCCUCCUCCUCCACCUCCCACUAUUACCAUCAUGGGUAUCACACCGUCCCAGGUUAUGCUGUUGCUGAAGGAAGACCAGUAAGAGAAUCACGGCUGCCUUGCUGUGGUAUUGGAGUUGGAUGGUUUCUGUUUAUCCUUGGCUUCUUCCUUGGUGCUAUCCCUUGGUACAUUGGACUACUUCUUCUUGUCUGCGGAAGGAUAGAAUACCGGGAAAAGCCUGGAUAUAUUGCUUGUACAAUCGCGGCAAUCCUGGCAACAAUUGCAAUUGUCCUUGGUGUCAUAAGAGAAGCCGAUGAUUGGUAACAUCAUAGCAAAUGGCCAUAAUAGGUAUCUGAAAAUGGCAUGGUUCAUGUGAUCUAGCUGGUGACUACAUGAACAGAUGGGGCCAUCACGUUAUCAACCGUAAUUAAUCACAAAUUUUCCUUCUGUCUGAUGAGCAAGGAAAACAGCAUGAUUGUUGGUCCGAGAAGUCCAUGUUUUGGAAUCAUUCCUAGUCUUCAAGGAUCGUUUUGUGGAAUUAAGAACAAGGUUAUCCUGUCUUUUGAUUGGCGAGCCUCAUGACGUAUGUAUAUAAUCGUUGCUGUGACUAUGUCUGCGAUGUUUCUUUGAAAUGUUAUAUUGUGAAGCUAGAUCUGAUGGUCAAUACUUUCCUUUUCAUCUGAAUAUCCUGUAAGAAACAAUGCGGGAAACGUCCCAUAUAUAUAUAAAUGGGUCCACAUAAAUAUUAAAAAA